AUGUUUCGUAACAAGUACCAACACGGACUUUUGUCCAUUUUGUACAGCUGUGGAUCCUCUCCACUGGAGUUAUGGGGAAUGCACGUGAAGAAUGGAUACAUUCGAAGAGUAACCGACGACGAAGUGAAGUCUCUAGCUUUGGAGAUAGCUGGAACCAAUGUCACAACAACAUAUAUAUUUUGUCCACGUGGUCCCAAAAAAGCUCUCGGCAUUAAGCUUCCUUUCUUGAUCAUGAUUAUCAAGAAUAUGAAGAAAUACUUCACGUUCGAGAUAACAAUACUCGACGAUAAGGAUAUGCACAGGAGAUUCAGAAUGAGCAAUUUUCAAAGUACCACUCGAGUUAGACCAUUCUGCACGUCCAUGCCGAUCGGACUCUCUGGUGGUUGGAAUCAGAUUCAAUUUAAUUUAGCGGACUUCACGCGAAGAGCGUACGGCACGAAUUAUAUCGAGACCACGCGCAUACAGAUCCACGCAAACUGUAGGAUACGACGUAUUUAUUUUGCUGACAGGCUUUAUGCAGAAGACGAAUUACCGGAAGAUUUUAAACUCUUCCUGCCAAUCCAUCGAAAGAAGUGUGUUCGAGAAAAGGAUGUGAAGAAAGAAGAGAAGAAGGAAAGAGAAAUAGAAGAAAUUGAAAUUGAGAAACCACCACCGUUUGAAGCAGGUGAUGUGGCAGAAGAGGCAGAAGAAAAGGCGGAGGAACUAGGCGAAGACGAACUAAUAGAAGAGGAAGCUAUUCCCGUGGAAGAUCUGCAAAAGAAAGUUGAAAUAAGAGAUGAGGAUGAAGAGGAACAAGAAGAAGAAGAUGAAGAUGAAGAAGAAGCAGAUGAAGAAGAAGAAGAAGAAGAAGAUGAAGAACUUGCAGAGAUAGGUGAGUAUGAUGCUGAAGAUGAAGGCGACGAACCUGAAGAACAUGCUCUUCCUAUAACAACCCCUGGAUAUGCCACGGAAGAAGAAACUGACGCGGAACAAACUCAAGGUGACGAAGAUGAAGAGUAUGUAGUUCAAUAG